GCCAACGUGUUUGCAAUAAUUAAAAUUGGUCGAUGAGGAGAUCUCAACCUUCGAUGAUGAUGGCGUCGACUCAGCCGCGGAGUAGCGCGUCCUGCGAGGGGGUACAGAGGUAUAACAGCUGGACGGCCCCAACUGAAUCGAUCUUAUCAAGCACCAUCUCAUCAGGUUGAAUACACUCUUUUCACACCAACCCCCAACCGACAAGAUGCACGCCGCUCUCGCCGCUUCGUUCGCAGCUCUUGCUGCCGCUGCCCCUGUCGUGCAGCGCCAGGCCGCUCCACCGCCAGCUGGCAUUGACGAUGCCGUCAUCCUCCAGUAUGCGCUGUCUCUCGAGCACCUCGAGAACACCUUCUACCGCGAGGCUCUUACCAAGUUCACCGCUGCCGACUUCAAGGCCGCUGGCGUGCCAUCUGCUGAGGCCUUCUACAACAACCUCCAGCAAAUCGCCAAGGACGAGGAGACCCACGUCAACUUCUUGGAGACUGGUUUGAGGGAUGCUGGUGCCACUCCUGUUGCCGAGUGCUCCUACAACUUCGGCUACACCGAUGCGCAGAGCUUCUUGGCUACUGCCAACAUCCUCGAGGGUGUCGGUGUCAGCGCCUACCUCGGAGCUGCCAAAUACAUUAAAUCUGCAGACUACCUGACCGCUGCUGGCGCUAUCCUCACUGUCGAGAGCAGGCACUCUUCGUACCUCCGCAACGUGCAGAGCCCUCCACAAUCUCCAUUCCCAGCACCAUUCGACAUUCCUCUCGAAUUCAACGAGGUCUACUCUCUGGCCGCCCUCUUCAUCACUGGCUGCCCAGACACCCCAGGCACCACUGGUCUUGGCCUCAAGGCCUUCCCAGCCAUCACCGCUGCCCCAGCUGGCAUCUCCAAGGUCGGUGACGUCCUCACCUUCACUGUCGCCCAGGAGGUCGAGGCCACCAACGCCUACUUCAUCACCUUCCCAGGUGGUGCCAUCCCAGCCGAGAUCACCGGCUCUGGUGCCAACUACCAGGUCACCGUUCCAGCUGCUGCUCAGGCAGGCCAGGCCUACGUUGUCCUCACCAAGAACGGUGACAAGCCAACUGACGACAACAUCGUUGCUGGCCCAGCUGUUCUCCAGAUUGCCGACAACGCUGCUGAGUUCCAGGCCCAGAACCCAGGCUACGACUACAACCCAAAGGACUGCAAGGAUGACAAGCCAGGCCAGUACCCAACAAAGGGUGACUACCCAUCGCACCCUGAGGCACCAAAGGACUACCCAGCUCACCCAGAGCAGCCAAAGUCGCCAGAGGCACCAAAGGACUACCCAAAGCAUCCUGAGCAGCCAAAGUACGAGCACCAGCCAGAGGCUCCUAAGUACGAUGCCCACAAGCCAGAGCACAAGCCAGAGCACGAGGACAAGCCAUCCACCUACCCAGUCAAGAACGGCGAGAAGCCUGAGGAGGACUGCCCUGAGGAGGACAAGCCUAAGACUCACUACUAGAUGUAUUCACCUGAGAAGUGCAUAAGAACGUCGACUCAUGGGAGUCACGUUUUGAGGUGGAUUGAUGAUACUUAGCGACUGCUCCCGUCAUCUCGUACUUAUAUUCUGAUAAUGUCUACAACUUUAUGACACACACUCUUGUGACGAGACUGAAUCUCGUCGUCUCGUCGUUU